AGAACGAGAAAUUAUCCACUUUAUCACCACUUCCACACUUGUUCCAUACGACAUCUGGAAUGUCUCGUUGUUUCUAACAAGAAUCCAUUUUCACUCUACUUAAAACCCUAAAAUUGUAUCUGUAAAUUCUACAUCUAAUUCUGGCCUGAAAUUGAAAUAUAACAAUGGACCUCUGUUUUCAAAUCUCUUCGAUUCCCUGUUCAACGCAUCGUCUUUCGUUGAGAAGCUGUGUAUUUACUAGCAGAAACUCGAGUCAAUUUGGUGGGAGGAGCGUUUGUUUAGCUUUGAAUUCCGAUACACUUGUUGCAGGAAAUUCAGCGGAGAUAGUGAGCAAGAAAGAAGAUGAGAUUGCGGAUUUGAAAUCGUGGAUGCACCAAAAUGGAUUGCCGCCUUGUAAGGUUGUUCUUAAGGAUAGGCCUUGUCGAGUCAUCCCGAGGCCCAUUCAUUAUGUUGCUGCUAGUCAGGAUCUUCAGGCAGGCGAUGUUGCGUUUUCGGUUCCCAGUGGAUUGGUGGUCACACUCGAGAGAGUUUUGGGGAACGAAACUGUUGCUGAACUCUUAACCACAAACAAAUUGUCGGAGCUUGCUUGCUUAGCAUUAUAUUUGAUGUAUGAAAAAAAGCAAGGAAAGAAGUCUUUUUGGUACCCUUACAUCAGAGAGCUUGAUCGUCAGAGAGGGAGGGGGCAGCUUGCCGUUGAAUCACCCCUAUUAUGGUCCGAUGUUGAACUUAAUUAUUUAACUGGCAGUCCCACUAAGGCUGAAGUUUUGGAACGAGCUGAAGGGAUCAGAAGAGAAUAUAAUGAGCUUGACACUGUCUGGUUUAUGGCCGGGUCUUUGUUUCAGCAAUACCCGUAUGAUAUACCCACAGAAGCCUUUCCUUUUGAUAUAUUCAAACAAGCCUUUGUUGCAGUUCAGUCUUGUGUUGUACAUUUGCAGAGAGUGAGUUUGGCCCGGAGAUUUGCGUUGGUACCACUUGGACCCCCGUUAUUAUCGUAUGGAAGCAGAUGUAAGGCGAUGUUGACUGCUGUUGAUGAUGCUGUUCAACUGGUUGUAGAUCGUCCUUACAAGGCAGGGGAUCCAAUUUUUGUAUGGUGUGGUCCACAGCCUAAUUCCAAAUUGCUUAUAAACUAUGGUUUUGUGGAUGAUGAUAAUCCUUAUGACCGUAUUAUGAUUGAGGCAGCGUUAAAUACAGAAGAUCCUCAAUAUCAGGACAAAAGAUUAGUUGCUCAAAAGAAUGGAAAAUUAUCUGUCCAAGUGUUCCAGGUGAAUGUGGGGAAGGAAAGAGAGGCUGUUCUUGAUUUGCUACCUUAUUUAAGACUUGGAUAUGUCUCAGAUCCCUCAGAGAUGCAGUCUGUAAUAUCUUCACAAGGUCCAAUUUGUCCGGUAAGCCCUUGUAUGGAAAGAGCAGUAUUGGACCAACUUGCAAGUUAUUUUAGGGCGAGAUUGGCAGGUUAUCCUACCACAUUAGAUGAGGAUGAAUCUAUGUUGACAGAUCCUAGUUUGGAUCCAAAGAAGCGAGUUGCAACACAACUUGUCAGGUUGGAAAAAAAAGUCCUAGGUACAUGCUUGGAGGUGAUAGUUGAUAUGAUUACCCAGUUACCGGACGUCACUGUAUCUCCAUGCCCAGCUCCAUAUGCCCCUAUAUUGAAAUGAAAGGCAUGUUAUAUGUCAUGUCUAUUGCUGAUCUUUCCUGCACACCUGCAUCGCCUAUUCAUUUGUAUAUUUUGAUGCUAGAUCCAGUACUUGAUUUGCAGAUAUCGCGCAAGUUUCUUAGUUUUUGAAUGUCCCUAUCCGGGACCUUAUUAAAAGAUAAUUAUUUGCACUUAUAAGAGAAGGUAACAAAAAUAUAUUUCUUAA